AUGCCAAAUUCGAGCGCCAAAAAGAAAAUUACGACCCCGCUCAAACUUCCAACGACACAAAUUCACGAUAAUUCCGACGAUUCGAGCGAAAGUGAACUCCAAAUCGAUGUCGGUCCCAGUUUUCGAACGCCAGACAAGAAAAAAUCCGACACAAAACGUUCGCCGCCAACGUCAAACCGGAAAAAGAAACGUCGCCGCAUCCGAAAAAGCUCCACGGGCGAAGAUGAGAAGCUCGAUCUCGCAAUUGAGGACAUCGAAGACACGAUUCAGUCGUGCAUUCAAAAGAACAAAGAGUUGACGCCGGAAGCUAUCAAAAUUAUUUUACGAAAAUUGGUGAAAAACGAGCACGUUUUGGCGAUUUGUCGGCUGAAAGAGGAGGAACUUCAGCAAAAAUGCGAAGAAAAAGGAAACGAAGCUGACGACGAGAAUGACGAGCUACUUCCGAAACUCACGCGAGCGAAAGCUAAACAAAUGGACAAGAAAUUGUUGCCACUCGUGCCGCUGAAACAACCGCAACCGGAUAACGAAGUUGUGGAUUUUCUCGCGAAGGAAAUUAAUGACGAUGACGAGACAGAUCCGGAAUAUCAACCGGAGGAAGAUCCGAAUACGACAAUUUCGGAUAUGGAUUCGUUGCCUGCGACGCCGCAAAGUAUUAAAAAGCCAGAAAUGGAGAUUUUAGUCGAUGGUGUCUUUAAGAUGCCACGAGUGAGGAAUGAGAGUUUGACGCAAAGUGAAGGAGAAGCAGAGCCAAUUUGUAAGAGAACGAGAACGAGACUUUGUUUGGAAACGACGCCGAUUGAGACGUUGGAGUCAACUCUCGUAGCGCCUGAUAUCACUGUUGACAUGUAUGAUAUUGAUAAGGAUGUUGAUCAGCAUUGGGCUGAUUUUUUGAAUGAAUUUGCGAGACCUUUUAAUCCAAACGCCGACGAUGACGAUCCAAACGACCCUGAAUUCCAGCCUGCUGAAGUUGUUCCCUUAGACAAGGAGGAAUUAGCGAAUGUAGCGAUCUCAAAAACGGAAUACAACACUCUCGUCAAGGAAUUAAUGGAAAUUGUCGAUACCAUGGAUGCCAGCAUCUUCGAUCAAACUGUUGUCGAAAAUCCUCAACCUCCUCCAGCUUCAAAAGAAGUCGAGCGAAAAAUCCGUUCGCCACGUAGUAUUCGAAAAAAGACCUCAAACGGGCUCAAUGAGAGUGCUGAAAGUCAAAAACAUCAAGAUUUACACACACCAACCCCUCUUGACGACUCGCAAAUAACUUUUGUGCCAAAUUUGAUGUCAACCAUUAACCAAAGCACCAUCGUUGAAGUGCAAGGAGACACUUCCAUCUUCAAUGAAACCGUUAUUUCGACGGAAACAACAAAAAGUGCGAUUGUCGAUACAAAAUCCAUGAUAAAUUUAAGCAUCCAGAAUCCCGUUAAUGGUGACCAAUGGAUCUCGUUGGACCGUUUCAACCUACUUUCUUACGCAACACUGCAGGAUGGCGUUUAUUAUUUGCCUCCAACGCAAAAAAUUAUGAUAGAAGUGCCUACAGAUCAACUUUUGAAGUCGAUGUCGCCUCAAGCUGACACGAAAAUUAUUUUAUCUGACAGUAUUCAGUCCGGAAGUUUCAAUAAUUCGGCGAUUCAAGUGAAUGAAAGUUCUUUAAUUGAGUCUCCAAGUUUAGUUGAUGACACAAAUUCCACAAAAUAUGGCAAAAUUCGACCUUUGAAGCAAUAUGAGAUGCUGGAUUUCAGUCCGCCAACACAAAUUUCGGAGAAAAAUGAGACUUUUGGCUUCACGAUGGAACAAAAAGAGAUUUUGGAUCAACAAUUGAGGAUGCAUGCACAGCUGGCAACCCAAAAUUUCCUUCAGACGUACUCGCAUCCGCAAUAUUGGCAAGACGCGGAUGUUUAUUCGAACUUUUUGGGGGAGUUAGAGAGUUGUACACGAUGGUCAGAGCAACACGCAGCAGUGCAAGGCGCGAUAAAUUUGUGUCAGGAGUGGAAAAAAGAUGUAGAUGGUCCAGCGGGAAAAUUUGUUGUUGAUUGGUUCUACAAAGAAUGGGACUUGGAAAAACAAGGAAAAGAAGUCGUCAAUAAAUGGUAUCGCCCUCAAUUGUGUCCCAAAAUAAUGGAAAUGAUGAUCUCACAUCCGGUAUUUGCCUUUCCGAAGCUUUUGCCGGAAAUCGCGUUCAAAAGUGACUACAACACGGAGAAAAAUAAGACUGAAUUCAUGACUGGCGAAGAAAUGCUCAUAACUUUUGGCUUAGACACUUUUUCCAAGCAACGCAAAGAAGAAGUCGAAAGACUGAACAAAUCCGUGGGAAAAGUCAAAUGGAAAGUAACAAUUCCGUAUCUCAGUGAAAAAAUAAGCUUAAAUUUGGUGAAAUGUCGCACCGCAAAAGCAAUUUACGAGAAAAUUUUGCAUUUUAAGAACAGUACGACGAUGUCUCCGAUCAAAUAUUGGUUGAAAUAUGAAGUUACCCCGAAAGUUAUUUAUAAAAUUACGCCCUUGAGCAUGGAACGAACACUCAAAGAGACUCCGGAGAGCUUAAAUAACACUUGGAGGCAGUUUAUUGUCAAAAAGGACCUCGAUGCUGAAGAACAAAAGAAAAAAUCAGGAAAAAACGGAGAAAUUUCCUUGGAUGAACAAGAAAAUAUUGAAAAUUUGUACGGAGCGGUAAUCAAGAAGCAGCGGAAACCAAAAAGAAAGCCAUUGACGAUAUCAACAGAGACAAGCGGUGACUUUAAGAUAGAAUUAUCCCUAAAUUACGACGGAGAAAAUUUAAUUUAUGAACAAAAACCGGCAGAAUUGAAAGUCACAAGUAGCGGAAACGAAGAAAAAGACGACGAUGAAGAGGAUUUACCGUUGGAAGAACGUUUAAAGCGUCUCAAACGCAACAGUGGCGAGCUGAAAAAGGCAAAAAGAGGUCCAAAGCCAACUGCAAAAACUUAUGCCAACACAUUAAAGCCAAUUAUUCCUGAUUUCAUCAAAAAUCUCAACUAUUCCAACAGAAAAUUCGAUCAAGCGCGGAUAGGACGAAGCGUAAUUCGAUCAAAAAUCUUAAAAAUCAUCUACGAAAAAUUCAAAACAUUGGAAAUUUUCACUGCUUGUUUGAACGAACUCAAGUUUAUGGCAGCUUCGCCGCAAAAUAUCAAGAAAAUGGUCAAGCCCACAGCAAGUACGGAGAAGAAAAAGGUCGUGCCGCCCGAGAAUGAAGCUGUUUUCGCGCAAAACUUCUUCGAAAAAGUCGAGGAAACGCUCCUGAAUGCCAACAAAUUCGAAGAAUUCGAAAAAUUUGCGCAAAUUUUGAAGACUUUUGACCCGUCAAAGGAGCGCGUUGCCGAUUUGUACUACAAAAUGGAGAAAAUUUUCCAUCCGCAUCACCCGGAAUUACUCAGUUUGUUCCUGAAUUUCCUCGAACCGGGUCAAGCGAUGCAAGUUGGCAAGUUUUUCGAACAUUUUAUCAUGACAAACAUGUCGACGUUCCUCGAAAAGCUCAACAAAUAUUUCGUUAAACAGCCGUCGCAGAUCAAAAAAAUCUAUAAUUGCUUGAACGAAUUGUCGAAUGUGGAAAAUGUCACGAUUGAGAUGGUCAAAGAGAGUAUUUUGCCGCUUUUGAAGGGAAAUCCUCUCUUAAUUGACUGGUUUCAACAAAUGUUUGCCACGGAAAAGCCGAUUGACUGCAACGAAGCUGACAGCGAAACGAUAAAUUGGAAGAAAACAACGCUCGAGGACGACUCAACGGGCGUUUAUGAAGAACUUGUACUCUCAGAUGUGCCUUCAAAGGACGAAAGUCCCGCUUGUGGCGUUCGAUACUUUCAAGGAAACAUCAUGUACAGCGGGAGAACUUUCACGUUACCGGCGAAAAUUUCAUUUUUGGCAUACGAAACGGUCGUUCAGAUGGAAAAGAAGGAAAUGGCGGCGAGAAAAAAUAAAUCUAUGGAAGCGACGGAGCCGAAGGACGGGACGAAUUGUUGUCAUGCCAUCAAAACUUUCGCUGAUACGCGAUUAACGGAGAAAAGUAAGACUGUGGGCAAUGAAAAAGACACGAAUUCGUCGCAUAGUAGCGAUGAAGUGGAAAAUAAUUUGGCGGGAGAAGGUUUAAAAGUCGUGAAAAAGGAAACAACAGCAGCUAAUACGAGUAAUGGGAAGGAAGAUGGCGAUGGAUAUUAUAGUACAGAUGAUGAACAACCGAAAUUAGCAGAUGCCAAUACGCUAAAAGUGCAUGCGAUUCGAUUAAAUCCAGCGGUACAUGCGAGAAAUGGAGAAAGUUUUGCCGAUAUGUCACAUUUGUUGACUUCGCCGCAGAAUGUUGUCGAAAAAUACUUUUCUGACGACACAAAAUCUCCCACAAAAAAAUCAAGUUCCUCAUCAACUUCCGUUCAUAUUGCCUCAAAAACGAGCAAAAAACUUCUCAUGUCACCAAAAGCUGCUUCCAAAAUACUCAAAUCCCCGCCACAAGCGAGAAAAUCUUCCGUAGAAUCAGUUCCAGAAAAUUCCGCUGCCCUUAACACGGGAAAAAGACUGAAAAAUUUAUGCGAAUCUGAUCGCGACUCGGAUUUGGAUUGUCCUUUAGCGGCAUCGAGAAGUAGAAGAAACAAAAAAGUCAAAAGUCGUAAAAUAAGCGACACAAAAAAGCCUGAAGACGUAGAACAACAAACUAAAGAAACAAAAGAAAAAGAAUUAAGAAAGUCUCCUGUGCCAAGUACGAGUGGCGAAUCGAUCAAAAAUCAACCUGAAGCGAGUACAAGUCAAGAAAACGCGACAACUUCGACGGUUUCAACGAAUUCUGAGGAAACAAUACCAAAAAAUAUUGAGAAAAAUGCUCCUGUUACGGUUCCAUGGACUCGUGAAGAGGAUAAAUAUAUUUUAGAAGAACAAAGGAAGGGAUAUGAAAGUGUUGCAGAACUCGUGUCGAGAUUGACGAAAGUAUUAACGAACCGAACAAGCAAAGAAGUGAAUGAAAGAUUUGAUUUUCUGAUGGAUUUGUUGAGAAAAAUUCAACAAAAAUCGUAAAUUUUGACAAAAGUUUAAUUUUUUGAAUGAACGUAAGGAUUUUAAGUCAAGUCAGGUGU